UCGAGAGGAAAUAUAGCACUUUCCCAUCAAGUCUAUCUUCAGCUCUUGGAUCAGAACACCCAUUGGAGGGCAGGGAUUUAGCUCAGUGGUUCUGCCGCCUGCCUCAAAAGCGCAAGGUCCGGAGUUCAAUCCCCAGGACCGAAAAAAAGAAUACCCAUUGGAGUGUUAAAAGCCUUUUGAAUGGACUGAUGUGCUCUAAGCCUGACGAUCCGGUGGAAUACUUGGAAAGUUGCUUACAGAAAGUAAAGGAACUAGGUGGCUGUGACAAGGUGAAGUGGGACACAUUUGUCAGCCAGGAGAAGAAGACCUUACCCCCACUCAACGGGGGACAGUCGCGGAGAUCCUUCCUAAGAAAUGUAAUGCCUGAAAAUUCAAAUUUUCCAUAUCGGCGGUAUGAUCGGCUCCCUCCAAUCCACCAAUUUUCCAUAGAAAGUGACACAGAUCUCUCGGAGACUGCAGAGUUAAUCGAAGAGUAUGAGGUAUUCGAUCCUGCGAGACCUCGACCAAAAAUCAUUCUUGUCAUAGGAGGUCCUGGAAGCGGGAAAGGUACUCAGAGUUUGAAAAUCGCCGAACGCUACGGAUUCCAGUACAUUUCGGUGGGAGAAUUACUGAGAAAGAAAAUCCACAGCGCCAGCAGCAAUCGGAAGUGGAGCCUCAUUGCCAAGAUCAUUACCAACGGAGAACUGGCCCCGCAGGAAACAACGAUUACAGAGAUAAAACAAAAAUUGAUGCAAAUACCCGACGAGGAGGGAAUCGUUAUUGACGGGUUUCCACGUGAUGUUGCCCAGGCUCUGUCUUUUGAGGACCAACUUGCUGUAGGAAGAGCCAUGCUAUGGAAAGUUGCUGGGGCAGAGGGCAUCUCACAUGGUUGUGUGAUCUGUACUCCUGACUUGGUGGUCUUCCUGACCUGCACCAACCAGCGGCUCAAAGAAAGGUUACUGAAGAGGGCCGAGCAGCAGGGGCGGCCUGAUGACAACCUGAAGGCUACACAAAGGAGACUCGUGAACUUCAAGCAGAAUGCCGCGCCGUUGGUUAAAUACUUCCAAGAAAAGGGGCUCAUCAUGACCUUUGACGCUGACCGAAAUGAGGAUGAGGUGUUCUAUGACAUCAGCCUGGCCGUUGACAACAAGUUAUUUCCAAACAAAGAGACUGCGGCAGGUUCAGGGGACCUUGACCCUUCCAUGGUGUUGGACCCUGGAGACAUCACUGAUCCAGGAUCUGAUUAUGAAGACCAGGACGAUGACCGGCUGGACGUCUCUGGAGAGGACCCUGUGGGAGGUCUCGUGGAAGAAUUGAGGAAAUGUAAAAUUAUUUUCAUUAUGGGCGGCCCAGGCUCCGGCAAAGGCGCACAGUGCGAGAAGCUGGCGGCCAAGUACGGUCUGGCGCACCUGGCCCCCGGGCGGCUGCUGCGGGCGGAGCUGGUGGCAAACUCGGAGCGAAGCCGGCUGAUCCGGGCCAGUGCGGAGCGCGAGGAGCAGGCGCCCUCGGCCGUCGUCCUGGAGCUGCUGCAGGAGGCCAUGACCGCCAGGCUGGGCGACGCGCGGGGUUUCCUGAUCUCCGGCUUCCCCCGGGGGCUGAAGCAAGGGGAGGAGUUCGCACUCCGGGUCCGGGACCCACACUUGGUCAUCUGCAUGGACUGCUCGGCGGACACCAUGACCAGACGCCUUCUCCAGAGGAACCCCGGCGGCGGGGCCUUGGAUGACGCCACCAAGGUGGUAGGCAAGCGCCUGGAGACCUACUACCGGGCCUGCCUCCCGGUGCUUGCCUACUAUGAGGGCAGGGCGCGGCUGAGGAAGAUAAAUGCAGAGGGAACGCCAGAAGAAGUUUUUCUUCAGCUCUGCGAGGCUGUGGACUGUAUUUUCUGAGGAGCGGAGAGCUCGGGGCAGCCCACCCUCACCAGCGGCGAUGUCUGUGCCCUACCGCGCCGCCCGCUUCCCGCGGCGCUGCGGAGCGGUUUCCCAGUCCCUGGUUGGGGCCCAGCUCCUGCCCUCCUCCCUCAGAAAGAAACUCGG